AUGGAACGUUCGCGACCCUAUGGCCGCCGCGGCAUCCAGAUGGGCAACAUCAUCGGUGACCCUUUUGCCCUAGCUACCCUCUCCGUCGGCAUGCUUGCCUGGUUUAUCUGCUUCGUCGCAUGCCUUAUCGGCCAAAUUCAGAGCGACUCCUUCCCUAGGAUCUCCUGGUGGGCCGUCGUAUUCGCCCUCUUCCUCAAUGUCGGCGUCUUCAUUGUCGUCGCCUCGGAUUCGGUCCAGACCUACCACGUCGCCCUCAGCAGCUAUUUGGCCGCUGGCCUUGUUCUCUCUAGCACCACCGUCAACCAACUCGUCUACUCCAACAUGGGCGCCCGCCAGGCCGCCGGUGCCGGCUUCAUCCUGCUCUCAAUGCUCGACAUUGUCUGGAUCUUUUACUUUGGCUCCACGCCCUCCUCCACACCCCGCGCCUUCCUUGACUCCUUUGCCCUGUCCAAGGAGUCAUCGACUACCAUGAACCGUCAACCUAUGACGGCCUACGGUGGCACCGGCCGCCCCGAGACCUCCAACUCAGUCCAGCCGCCUCAGAUGUACACUUCGGCCCAGCUCAAUGGCUUCGAAAACUCUACCCCGCUGAGCAACACCAUGUCUGGCGCGCGAAACUCCAGCUUUGGCACUGGGGCGCCCCAGCAGAGCCAGCAGCCUGGCCAGACCACCCAGCCCAAGCCCGCCCACGACGCGGAGGUGGUUCCGCCCACCGAGUAUCCCUACAAAGCCAAGGCCAUCUACAGCUACGACGCCAACCCCGAUGACGCCAAUGAAAUCUCAUUCACCAAGCACGAAAUCCUCGAAGUCUCCGACGUCAGCGGCCGUUGGUGGCAAGCACGCAAAGAAAAUGGCGAGACUGGUAUUGCCCCCAGCAACUACCUCAUCUUAUUAUAA